AUGUACAGCCGUGGCUUGCAAGGAAUCGUUCCGUUCGUCAUCGUUCCACGUCCUGCAAGAGUUGGCGGCUCGCGUGAACGGCACCGAGUGACCCGAAUAGUUUGGGCCGACAGUGUCCAGCAGUUCAGCGCGCUAACGAGGAAGAAACGUUUCGAGAACAAUGAGAUGGUAGAUGGCGCAGAGGCGGCGUUUGUCGAACACGACGAUAUGAGACGCAGAAUGGGCGGGGCUUUCCGGGGACGACGAUGCAUCGCAGCGAAGCGCGGAGGCUACGGCCGCGAUGCGACAGAGAGCACAUGCGCUGGCGAGGAGACGGCAGCAUGUGUCUCGUACGGAUAG